AUGCGGGUAGGAGACUUUCUGCCCCGGCGGUGCUACCUGUUUCCGGACGACGAAGGUUUCACGUACCUCCGCCCGGACCGGUUAGGGCGAGCUGUGACCUUCUUAGCCGCGUUGAGACAAGGAGAGAAACUCCUGCCUCUAGCUCUCGUGCGAGACUUUAGUCCUAGCAAGGACUGCCUCUGCCAACGCCCAGACUGCUUCCUAGCUAUUUUCGCCGAGAAAGAAAGGAAGGCAGAGAUUCGCCAAUGCAGUAAAUGCAAGUACCGGAAAUCGGACAGGAGCCGCGUAAGGUGGUAUCCCAUGGAUGCUGCAGGAGAUCAUGUCGCGGAGGGUAAUGCGAUGGUGAGUGAUGGUGAUUGGUGGUGCGGCCGUUGCUACCAGAGCCGGUUGAACGGCAUGAAGAGAGACGACAAACCGACAGAGGAACAAGCGGGGGACGAGGCGCCGACUCUUCUAGAGCCUUUGAGCACGGUGCGCAGGAUGGUGGAUGACGUCCUCGGUCGAGGUGAGAUCCUUUGCUGGCAGGACGUCGCCGGUUGGCUAGCUGCUGAAGGCGCGAAGGUUGGCAUGGCGGAGAUAACGGGGAAGUACGCACGACAACUCGUCCUGGACUUGUUUACCGGGAUGGACGCAGACCCCGGGAGCAAAUCACGAUUGGUCCGAGCCGACGGAGCGCAAGGAGACGCACGCGAGCGGGAACUCUUCCUCUUCCCAAACACCCUUGGGGACAAGCAUCUCGUUGACUUAAUGCUGCGUGCUCGACGUAGUGCACCCGCACAGCCACCAUCCAACCAGCUAGCUGAUAAGGGUGGGUCUCUCGAGUCGAUUCUGAAGGAAGUCGAGAAGGACACGGAGGACGCAGACGCACGGAUGUCCGUCGUGCGGGCAGCUGGUAGAAUNAGGAACUUCCUCUUCCCAAACACCCUUGGGGACAAGCAUCUCAUUGACCUAAUGCUGCGUGCUCGACGUAGUGCACCCGCACAGCCACCAUCCAACCAGCUAGCUGAUAAGGGUGGGUCUCUCGAGUCGACCUGUCCGUCUUUUUUUUCCUUGCGCAAGAAGGCAGAACGAGGUAACGCCAUCUUCCGGUACUGGCAGAAUGGCCUGAGGGAGACCAUGCCGGUGACAGAGUUUGCCGGCAAAGGAUGGAGCGUCGACCCACGAGGAAAGGGGAGCGACGGCGACGAACUCACAAAGGAGAACUUCGUGCUUGACCUGUCCGAGUAUGCUUACAUCGCCCCUGACCGAAAGACAGUGACGCUAGCGUGUGNCCGGUGA